CUGCUUGCAUGACGGCAACGAUGGACAAGGCCAUUGCGCUCUCUAUAUUUGCAUCGUAUUUUCUCUUGAUUUUCUUUCUCUUUGGAGCUAUUAUCAAAGAUUUCUUUCGGACUACAUCUCGCACGGUCUCCGUCAGUAAAGUUUUAGUUUUUACUAUUCUGACCCUCGCGUCGUUUGGCCAUACAUGGUUCUACAUGUUUAAAUUUAUGUCGUGGAGUUUCUCGGAUUACGAACGCAUAGUCCCGCAUAGCACAGAAGCAAAAUCUUUGUUGGACCGUAUUUCAUCCUGGCUCGUGGACACCAAGCUUUUUGAGCAGGCUUGGGCUGCCGUAUCUUUUGGUGCAGUAAAUUGGUGGUGGAGCGAACAGUUAUGUUUGUUCACGGCAGGAUUUUGGACGGUUUUUGUUUUCCAUGAAAGUCGCCGAUAUGGCAUAAAAAAUGCAUGGGCGUACAUGCUUUUGGGUCAAGUCGUUGCAAUCUCCGUGGCCGCCAAUCUUUUCUAUCUUGCUAUUCUACUGUCACCACAAUAUUCGAAACCAAAGCAAAAAGGGGUCGCACCGUCUAUCUUAUGGGCCCCGGUCCUUUUUUCUCUUGUGAAUGUUUUCAUCAGCCCCUUCACGAAUGAGGAAACUUUCUUGCCGAAUCUCCUUACCAUGCACGCUGUGCUCAUGCUACCGCUUCUCUUGCCGCCUGCAGGCCACUCCUCCGCAAUUUCGUAUUCAUUGCUUUAUUCGAUCAUAUUGGCUUCUGCCGUAGUCAUGCGAUUGAAGACAACUUACCUUGCUAUAUCUGAAGGCGACUCUUUCCUGGCAUCUGUAUUCGAGACGCUACAUUCUCAUCCCGCUCAAUCUUCCAUUGGGUACGAUGUUGUAUGGACCACUAUCUCGUUUGUGGCGUGGGCGAGACUUGGUAUAAAACAUAAGGCCUCGGUUUUCUCCCUGGUCUCCGUGCCAAUUGUGUCCGCGGGCGUUAUUGCGCCCUACAUCACGCGUUUGAGUGUCGGACAGCAGGAUGAGAAAGUUUUAUAACAUCAGUUCCUUAGAAUAUCAUCCGUUUGAAUAUCGUACGGAAAAAAUGAAUAGUCCAAGAACUUCUUUUCCCACAUACUCGCCCUUGACUUUUGAGAUCCUCGCAACAAGCUUUGCUUCGCCGAUUAUGUGCCGUAUUGAAAUGAGAUGAGAUGGCAAUGUCAUGCAAGAGGAACGCUUGAGUUAUCUUUCAUUAAUCUCGUGUUGACCCUAGAACUUUUUAGAUUGGUGGGAUAUCUAUCAUCCCAAUCAACGUAAAAAUCUGAUUU